ACAGAAGCUGUCAUGUUGGACGUUCAAGUUAUUUAUAUUUACUAUUCCGAGCUAACUUUUUCUUGUUUUCAAAUGUUAUUAUCUAUGAUCUUAUUUUAAAUUAUACUGUGAAUCGAAUCAAAAUGGUCACAAUGAACGAUUCCCUGGCGGGUUGCUUUACCUGCAUGCGGAGGACGGACAACUUCCUUCGAAUCUGUGACGAUUCGAACACCGAAUGUGUUGAUCAGAUUUUAGCCAGGCACUUUUGGUUCAACAGAAGCGAUUUCGAGAUGUCUGUCCUGUGUACUAGCUGCUGGGAAAAGAUUGAUGAUUUCCACAAGUUUUACUGUGAGGUUGCCAAUUUACAUCGGAGUGACAUUUUGGAGCGAAUUCAGGUGAAAGCCGAAACUGAUACUAAGAGUGAAAAUGACCCGAAAUCAACAACGACUAGUAGAAAAAGAGGUCGGAAGCGGAAGCAUUUACUGGAAGAGUUGGAAACAGAAGAUCCUGUUUCAAGACAGUUUCCUGAACCGGUACUGGUGAAAAUAGAAGUUGUUGACCAGGAACAACCAGUGGCAGAACUAACAAAGCUAGAGUGCAAUAAAGAAACAUCCCGAUCGUCCGAAUCCAACGAAGACAGCUCAUUCAGCAAUGAUGUGGUUAGUUCAGAGAAAGAAUCUGACGAAGAAUCAUCCAAACCUAUAGCGGUCCGAAGACGAACUUUACUUCGAAAAGAAUUACGUCGUCGCCGGUAUCAGAGAAAACCUGCGCGGACUUCGGCCGAUAAGGAUGCCCUGAUACGAAAGCAUUUAGAAAAGCUGCCCUGUCCGCAGUGCAACGAAGUUUACAUCACAUUCACAAUGCUCGAAAAACACUGUCGAAAAAUUCACGAAACGUUGGCCACGGUUGUCUGUUGCAAUCGACAGUUCCAGAAACAGGUCAACUUGUAUGACCAUUUACUUCGGCACAAAAAUAUUUACAAGUUCCACUGCAAAGAAUGCGAUCGCUGUUUCAAGAACGCAGACGGCCUCAGUAUGCACAAUAUGCUGCACCACACACCGGAGGAAGAGAAAAGAUUUCGUUGUAAUCAGUGCUGCAAAGCAUUUGCGACUGAAAUUUUACUAACCAGUCACCUCAACUGGCACGCAACGGUAGAACCCCGGAAUAUCGUUUGCGAGAAAUGCAAUAAAUACUUCACAAACAGCAAACGACUUGAGAAUCAUAUUGCAACGCAUCAUCCGGAGCAGAUGAUAGCAGAAUCCAUCCCGUCAGCCUCAACGGGGGAGGCCAUAUAUCAUUUGCAGCAGCAGCAGCAGCAGCAACACAAACCGGACGAAAUUCACGAAAUGGCCGAAGAAUCGGAAUUACUUGACAAAUUUGAACCGAGUGCCAUCGAAGGUGAACCAAACGAGAGCUCUAUCCGAAAAUCAACCGAACUGGCAAAACCAUUCCGACGUAAGACUCCCGAAGAGUUGGCCAAAGAGGAUGAACUAAUCCGUAAAUACUGUACGUUAAACUGUGAGCAGUGUGAUUUCUCAGCGGACACUUUUAGCAGACUGGAAUUGCAUUACAAGAAUGUACACGACGAGCGGGGUUAUGCGACUUGCUGUUUGCGUAAGUUUGGCAAGAAGAGUCGCCUGUACGAGCACGUUUGUGUUCACGAGAACCCGGAGCACUUCAAGUGUGACAUUUGUGCCAAGACAUUUCUCAACAGUUUUGGACUGGCGAACCAUAUGAUGUGGAAACAUACACCGGAUUCGGAGAAGCCAUUCAGUUGUGAUGUGUGCGGCAACCGGUUCUGGAAGGAUUACCUUCUUAAGCAGCACAUGGAGUACCAUUUGGCACUGGAGGAAAAGAAGUUCGCCUGUAAAGAAUGUGAUCGAUAUUUCGGAACAAAUCUUCUGCUCAAGUCACACGAGCAAACGGUACACGGACUGAGUGCCAGUUGGGUGUGCGAUAUCUGUGCCAAGGGAUUCCCGUUGAAAUCGGCUCUGGAGUUCCACCGGCAGCAGCACACCCAGGAAGGUCGUGCCGCCAUGAAGGCACAAUGUGAAAACUGCAAACUGUGGCUCAAGAAUGUGCGCAGUCUGCGAAGCCAUCGAAAGCGUUGCAAUUCCGAACCGGUCAACUGUGAUUUAUGCGGAAGAGAGUGUUCCAACAUUUACGCUUUGCAGGGACAUAAGAAGUUUGUCCACUCGGGUGCCCCUGCCUAUUCGUGUUCAUUUUGCGCAAAACCAUUCAAACGGUUGCUUCGACUUAAGGAACACGAAGCAGGCCACACCGGAGAACUGCUGUACAAGUGCGAAUACUGUCCACGCACCUGCAAUUCUAGUUCGAACAUGUACACCCAUAAAAAGGUUGCUCAUCCGGAGCAAUGGGCAGAGAAGAUGACUCAUCGAUUCCAUCAGCGGUAGCUCGAAAUUAGUUUUGUUUUAUGCGUUUUACUGAAUAUACUCAUGUG